UCGGUGACGACGGGCGGACGGUCGUAGGCGUUCACGUUGAGAGGAAGGCGAGGCAAAGUGCCGCUACCGCUUAAAUCGAGUUUGCGCUCUCUGUCUGUGGAUAAACCGCUGCUGGUGAGCUGUCCACGCGAAGCGAGGUGCUGGAACGAGAAACAAUCUAUUCGAGGCGUUCCCAGAUUACCAGAAACCGUUUCCGGUUGGCUCACUCGGAUUAUCCAAACGCCAUCAAGGCUGAGUGCGCAUGACAUCCAGCAAAGGGGAGUAACUCUCAUCAAAAUGGAGCACAGCAGACGAUUCUUCCUGGCGGUUAUCUUGGUGAUCAUUGCCGUUGCCCGGAAUACGUCAGGUUCUCUGUGGGCGAACUGGUGGGCUUACGACGAAGGCAUCUCAGGCCCACAUUACUGGGGGUUGCUCAACAGAGGCUGGACACUGUGUAACAAGGGGCAUAACCAAAGCCCGGUCAACAUCGACCCAAAGACACUGUUGUUUGAUCCGUCCUUAACUCCCCUAGAAAUCUCUGGCAGCGCUGUGUCAGGCACUUUGAGGAACAUGGGUCAUUCAUUGACCUUUGACCUUAGCCUGACAAGUCACUGGUCCCAUGGAGUGAAUCUAACGGGAGGACCGCUGUCAUACACCUAUAGAACUAAGACUGUGCACUGUAUAAUCUUCAACCUGGGACCCUUCACCUUUCAGAUCCAACUGUUCGCAUUCAACUCUGACCUCUACCAUAACCUUAGUGCAGCCAUGACGUCACCCAGAGGAGUUUUAUGUGUGGCCAUUUUGGUGAAGGUGUCCAAUGCAACCCACCCACAUUUUGAAAGGAUACAUAAAGUAUUAAAUGAAACAAUGUAUAAAGGUGACGAGAAGCACAUUUCGUACCUCAACCUGGGCGGUCUGCUGCCAGAGACUGACCAUUAUAUGACGUAUGACGGGUCACUCACCCACCCAGCAUGCCACGAGACUGUCACCUGGUUGGUUUAUAAUAAACCCAUCUAUCUCAGCCAUCGACAGAUGGCAGGCCUGAGACGUCUGAAGCAGGACACCGUCUACAACCCAGUGCUUCUGAUGGCGGGAAAUAUACGACCAACCCAGCCCCUUAACCAGCGCACUGUCAGGACCAACAUCAACACGGUGAGCUGACUUACGGACUCACUGACUGACUGACUACU